AUAUCAGGUUUAAACACAUUACCAGUUCGUCCUGUCAGAAGUCACAGAGUCAUUAAAUGAUUGUUUGGGUGCAGCUUUGUGUUGAUCUGCCUCACCCACUAACAUCACAUCAUCACCACUCCUCUGAGAUCAUCAUCCAGAAACACACACACAUACUGUACACUGUAAACCUCUUUAUUUCCCACAUCACGGAGGAAUGAUUCACAUUAAAACACUUCAGGGAAUCCUAUCUGGUCAAUGUUCGAGGAAUUUUUUCCAAACCCUGCAGAAGUAGCACAUUUACGUGCAUAAAGCAGGGACAAUGAGUACAGGGAAGCCGAGUGGUAUUAAACCACCCACCAAGAUCGGAAAACCAGCGGUGCCGACCAAAACCUCACCCACUGCAGCUGGCCCCAAAGCGGCGACGUCUCCAACCUCCAAUACUGCUCAAGAAGUAGCGCCAGACUUCUCUGUCGGGGAAAGAGUUUGGGUCAAUGGCAACAAACCAGGCCAAGUGCAGUUCAUUGGAGGGACGCAGUUCGCACCGGGUCAAUGGGCAGGUAUCGUUCUGGACGAACCCAUCGGUAAGAAUGACGGUUCUGUGUCCGGAAUCCGCUACUUUCACUGCGAAGACCUGCGAGGAAUAUUCACUCGACCUUCCAAACUGUCCCGCACUCCCGUGGCGGAGCGCGAUGCCAAUGGCGAGCAGGCAUCAGCCAGCAAGACCUCCACAAGUCAAGCGACUAACCAGACCUCCGCAAGUCAGGCGACUAACCAGACAUCCACCAGCCAGACCUCUCCUGCCAAAGCUGUUCAAGACACUCAAACUACUAAUGCAACCACGACCACUAAGACCUCAACAAACCUAACCAGGGCCGCCAGCGGCUCCACCUCCAAUCUGUCCGAAACCGAUUCAGCUAAGAAGUUACAACGGGAACUUAAAUUGGGUGAUCGCGUGCUGGUCGGAGGAACUAAAGCAGGUGUUGUGCGUUUUUUGGGUGAAACUGACUUUGCUAAAGGCGAAUGGUGUGGCGUUGAAUUGGAUGAGCCGCUUGGGAAGAAUGAUGGGGGAGUGGCGGGUGUGAGGUAUUUUCAGUGUCUGCCGAGGUAUGGCCUAUUCGCUCCCACGCACAAAGUGACCCGCAUCGGCUUUCCAUCCACAACACCGGCAAAAUCCAAAAGUUCGAGACGUAGGUCGACCCUAAAGCACAGCCCCAGCGCCUCCUCCGUGAGCUCCCUCAGCUCCGUGGCCUCCUCAGUCGGAGGCAAACCCAGCCGAGCAGGCCUGCUUACAGAAACGUCAGCACGUUAUGCGCGGAAGAUCUCGGGCACCACAGCACUUCAGGAGGCGCUGAAGGAGAAGCAGCAACACAUUGAGCAACUUCUGGCCGAGCGUGACAUGGAGAGGACGGAGGUGGCCAGAGCCACCAGCCACGCUGGAGAAGUUCAGCAGGAGCUGGCGCUGCUCAGGCAGGUUCAGGAACAGUAUACCCUUGAGAUGGAAGCCAAGAUGGACCAGUUGCGCAGACUCGUGGAAACUGCAGACAGAGAUAAAGUGGAGCUGAUGAAUCAACUGGAGGAGGAGAAAAGAAAAGUGGAGGACCUGCAGUUUCGUGUAGAGGAAGCUUGCAUUACCAAAGGUGACCUGGAGACGCAGACCAAACUGGAGCAUGCUCACAUUAAGGAACUUGAACAGAGUCUUCUCUUUGAAAAGACCAAAGCAGAUAAACUCCAGAGAGAGUUAGAGGACACUAGGGUGGCCACGGUGUCCGAGCGGUCCAGGAUCAUGGAGCUGGAGAAGGAGGUGGCAGAUCUUCAGCUUCAGUUGAGAACUUUAAGAGCUGAGACCUCUAGAUCCGCCUCACCUCCAUUACAGGACAAGAAGAUCAAAGAUUUGAACAGUGAGCUAGAAAACAGACAGAAAGAAGUGCUUCUGUUCCAGCAGAAACUCAUCUCUUCCGAGCAGGAGAAGACCUCGCUUCAGCAACAGCUACAGGACCUGAAACAAAAGCUUGAUGCAGUGUCAGAGGAAAAUAAUAAAGCUACACAAGCCAUGCAAGAGAUGGAGAGGAACGUUAAAGCGGAUAAAGAGAAGUUGGAUCAGGUGUCCAGGGAAAAGACGGAGCUGGAGACGGAGGCGGCAGCCCGACAGCAGCGGGAGAAAGUGGAGUGUGAGGAGAGAGAGCGUCAGAUGAAGGAACUGGAGGAGAAGUUGGGCCGAACCGAGAGAGAGCUGAGCAGAACCGCAGAUCUGGAACGGCAGGUUGCUGAACUGCAGGCCUACAAGGACCAAACACAGUCUAUAGAGGAGCUGGAUCUCCUGAAACAGACAAACAAGGAGCUUCAGACAGAGGUUGAAGCCCUAAAGCAGCAAAACUCUCAGUAUCAGGAAAAGUUGGGUGCAGAGACGCAACGCAUCGGAAACCUCUGCAAAGAAAUUGCGGAGCUAAAGCUGUCAGCCAAUCAGAAGUCUCAGAGGCAGGUGUCGCUCCAGGAUGAGAAUGGGAAGUUGGCUCCAGACCUGAACGUCAGCCGGCAGGACGUCCACAUGCAGCAGAAGCGUAAGGAUGAACCUCUGACAAGCCAGCUGGAGAUUACAGAGAGGGAAAACUCCAAUAUGCCGUUGUCAGAUAAAGACAAAGAACUAGAGACGUUACGAAAUGAGAUUGCAAUGUUGCGUGGGGAAAAUGCCACGGCCAAAACUCUCCAGUCAGCUGUAAAAUCUCUGGAAAGAGACAAAUCCCAGCUGCAGAGUCGAGUGAACAGCCUGGAGCAGAAACUGGAGGGACGACCGAGUGAAAUCGGACAGGAGAUAACAUCAGGUGAUGCUGCUAUUGACCGGCUAAGAGAAGAGAAAGAGUUUGCUGAGGGACAGAUCAACUUUCUGAACUCGGUCAUUGUGGAUCUCCAGAGGAAGAAUGAGGAACUGAAGGUGAAGCUAAAGAAAAUAGCGUUGACUGAAUUCAACGGAAACGAUGAAGACGAUGGUCUUGGUGAGGUCAAAAAGAAGAAGAAAGCUCCCCCACGUGUUUUCUGCGACAUCUGCGACUGCUUCGACCUGCACGACACAGAGGACUGUCCCACCCAGACGCAGUCCCCAGACUCCCCUCCUCACACCAGCUACCGCGGGAGCCGCAGCGGUGAACGACCGUACUGUGACAUCUGUGAGGCGUUCGGUCACUGGACAGAUUCUUGCAACGAUGACCAAACCUUCUGAACCUACCUUCAAUCCUCUGCCUGGGUGCAGGCAAUGCACAGACCGCUUUCGAACAGAUUACUUAAUAUUUUUAUAUACACUAUAUAUACAUUCAAACCUCUUGUACAUUCCCUUAAAAGUAUCCGUACGAAUGAAGGCUAAGAUGUGCUGCAUUAAUGUUAUUCGAAGGUCUUAAUGACAAAAGAUAUCUCGGUGUUGUUAAUGCUGUUCUGUUUUUUUACUAUUGUGUACACUGCAAAAAAAUACUUUUGUCUUGUUAUUAGUAAAAAUAUCUAAAAAUUCUUAAAUUAAGAUGUUUUUUCUUGAUGGGCAAAACGACCCAAGAAAAUAAGUCUGGUUUUUAGACCAAAAACAUCAAAUUUAAGUGAAUCUGCCAAUGGGGUAAGCAAAUUUUUCUUGAUUUUUUUCUUGAAUUUAGUGUUUAAGAAAAAUGUUCAAGAUUUUUUGCUUUCCCAUAUCCCAUUGGCAGAUUUUUCACUUUUAAGUCACUUAAAUUUGAUAUUUUUGGUCUAAAAACUAGACUUAUUUUCAUGGGUCGUUUUGCUCAUCAAGAAAAAACAUCUUAUUUUAAACAUUUUUACUGAAAACAAGACAAAAAUACUAAGAUUUUUUUUUUUUGAAAAUGAUUUUUAAAAAUAACUUUCUUAGUAUUUUUGUCUUUUUUUAAAUCAAAAUGUAUAAAAUAUAAAUUUAAGUGAAUUUGUGCUUAAAACAAGCAAAAAAAUCUGCCAAAAUUUUCUUACAUUUUUCACUUGAAUUAAGUUAAGAUUUUUCUGCUUAUUUUAAGCAGAAAUUCCAUUAAAUUUGGUGUUGUUGUUUUUUGUGUGUCUAAAAACUAGAUAUAUUUUCUUAGGUCAUUUUGCUCAUCAAAAUGCAUCUUAAUUUAAGAAUGUUUAGAUAUUUGUACUGAAACAAAACAAAAAUACUAAGUAAGAAAGUCAUUUUUUGCAGUGUGGAUUGAUCUGUUGAUGAAUUACCAGCAGGAAAAUCGGAAAAUGCAAUUUCUUUCCUACUUUCAAUUAAUUUUCAAGUCCUGGCACAAACUCGUGCAAUUUGGUUGAGCCGAAAAUUUAACAUUAGAUAACAUUCAAACAAACAGAGCAAUUUAUUUUAUUUUUAUUUUGGUUUAGUGUAAAAAAUGUCUUAAGGAGAUAAUAACACCACCCUCAUGUUGUUCAAACCCAUAUGACUACGCGUCUACACCGGCCGCGAGCAUGGUACCGCAUGUUGGGUUUUGUUGUUUUUUGUUGCAUUGCGUCUUGUGUAGACCCGAUGUGAAUUGCAUUCUGGUUAUUUGAUGCAUAUUUGGGCAAAUGUAAUGGAUCAUCAGGGAUUCUAUGCAUACAGUAUUUGCAAAAUAUGCACAAUAUAAUAAUUAUUAAUAGAUUUUAAGAGUACACUGCAAAAAAUGAUUUUUAAGAAAAAAUAUCAAAUUUAAGUGAUUUUGUGCAUAAAACAAGCAAAAAAAUGCCAAUGUGGUAUUUUUACUGAAAACAAGACAAAAAUACUAAGAAACUUUUUUCUUGAAAAUAUUUUUUUGCAGUGUAGUAUGGCAGGUCAGCCGACUUAUAGUUGUUUCUGGAUUCAUCUAAUAGGGGAUAUUUGAAUAGGAAACAAUUACGCACUUCAGCUUUAAGAACUCAAAGUGGAAUGCUAUACAAAAACAUUAUAAAAACCUGUGCACCAAACAAAGAUAAAGCUAAACACUUUUAACUUAAUGCACUAUUCACUUUAAACAUAUACAGCACACGAGCUGCCGUUCAAUGAAAAUAAGUUAUUACAUUUUACUGUCAAAGGUCAGAUAUGUAAUCAUGAUAUUGUUACAUAAAUGGCCUGUUGUGUACUAUUUGUAUGUUAUUUCUAGUAUUUUUGGCCUAUUCACACCAAGUUUUGCAUACGAUUUUAGGAUUAAAUAUUUUUAUGGAUUCUAGAUUAAUUUUAAUUUGUUUGCAUGCUGAAUAAUUACUUGAGGUUGUCUAACGAAAAUUUAUCACCAGACUAUUAAAUUUGGAUGCAAAAAUAAUGAAUAUUUUAUACCUCUGUGUAGUAGAGUGACUUCAGAUUUGGUGUGAACAGGCCUUUACUAUAGCACAACUUUAAAGCACAUGAUCAUAUUGUAUCUAUUCAUAUUUAUGUAUUAUUAACAAAGUUUAUUAACAACCUAAUAAACUGCAAGAGUUAGAAUAGCUGAAUUGCAAUGAAGUUGUGCACAAAACUCUGUAAUUAUGAAUAUUAUCAUUUUGUUAAAAUUAAUUUGAUCAAAAAUUGCAUUCACUACAAAUUCAGAUCUGUUUUUACUAAAAUAUUGUGACGGUCUAACUAUUGUAAUUGCUUUAUGUACUGUAUUUUCCAAUGCACUUAAUACAAUAUCUUCUGGUGUCA